CUGAUGAUUCCAAGUAUUUGUUAGAGUUCUGAAGGACCAUAUAUUAUGUGAGGCAGACUGGAAGCAGAAAUCAACCCAAAGAAUAAAAAGUAGGGUUUAUCCCCAUUAUUUCUGUUUUGAAUCAGACAAAUUUUGGCCCUAGUGCCACACACAGGCGUCUGGAUGAAUGAUUGGGUAGGCCCUGAUGUCAAUGUUGUGGGACCUCUGCAGAUGCCACCAAGUGAUGGCUUCUCCCUGCCCGACGGAUCCCAUUUCUUCGAUAUUCUGGCAGAGCAGAGCAGCCCUCUGCUUCAGGACCAGGAGGUCUUGUCUUUCGGCAGCUAUCCAGGCAUGCAGUACUCCACAAUGGAGCAAUCCAUGCCCUCGCCAUCGUACUACUCCAAUCAGCACUACUAUCCCCAGUACAGCACAGAGGAGUGGUGCUCUCCAUCUUCCAUGCUGGAACUGAGGAAAGGCCAACUGGAAGGAAGCUUUGAGACGGAGCUAGAGGAGCCAACCCCUGUUGUUCCCACUGUGUACAAGAGACCCAGACAUCCUGCCCAUUCAGGCAGGUUCAAAGGAGAAGAACUUUGUGUGGUGUGUGGGGACAAAGCCUCAGGGUACCACUAUAAUGCCCUCACGUGUGAAGGAUGUAAAGGGUUUUUCAGAAGAAGCAUAACUAAGAAUGCAGUAUAUAAGUGUAAAAGUGGAGGAAACUGUGAGAUGGACAUGUACAUGCGCAGAAAGUGCCAAGAAUGCCGACUACGGAAGUGCAAAGAGAUGGGAAUGCUUGCAGAAUGUUUGCUAACAGAAAUUCAGUGCAAGUCCAAAAGGCUCAGGAAAACCCCCAAGACCUCGUCGGAAGAUGGUACAGGAGACGAUGCAGAGAUGGGAGACAGUGGUGAUGCUAAGCAGGUCACGUCCACAACAAAAGCCAUAAAAGAAAAAGUGGAACUAAGUCAAGAUCAACAGGCUUUACUAAAUUAUAUUCUUGAUGCAUACAACAAACAUCGCAUUCCUCCUGAUAUGGCCAAGAAACUGCUUCAAGAACAGUUCAGUACAGAGGAGAACUUCCUGCUUUUGACCGAGAUGGCAACAAGCCAGGUUCAGGUUCUGGUCGAGUUCACUAAAAACAUCCCAGGGUUCCAGUCUCUGGACCAUGAAGACCAAAUCGCUCUUCUAAAGGGUUCAGCAGUUGAAGCCAUGUUCUUGCGUUCAGCCCAGGCCUUUACCAAAAAGAUGCCUCAAGGACACACAGAUGUGCUGGAGGAACGAAUAAGAAAGAGUGGCAUGUCUGAGGAGUUUAUUGUACCCAUGUUUAACUUUUAUAAAAGUAUUGGAAAACUGCAGAUGAUGCAAGAGGAACAUGCUCUUCUCACAGCCAUUACUAUACUUUCCCCAGACCGGCCAUAUAUUAGGGAUCAGCAGGCUGUGGAGCAACUUCAGGAAGCCAUGCUAGAGGUGUUGAGCAAGGUCUGCAAGAUGAAGCGCCCUCAGGAGCCACAGCAUUUUGCUCAGCUGCUGGGUCGAUUGACCGAGCUGCGUACUCUACAUCACCACCAUGCUGAGAUGCUGGAGUCAUGGCGCGUGAACGACCACAAGUUUAACCCACUGCUUUGUGAGAUCUGGGAUGUACAGUGACCCUGCAAGGAGAGCAGGAAGCAAUCAAAACAUUCAAAAACUUUUUGCCAAAUAAAUGGUUUUAGUUCCUGGGAGUUAACUUUCACCUCUAAUAUGUGAGAAACUAAGUGUGAGUGUGAAUGUGAAAAGGCUGGUAAAAUAUUGAAUUUAAUGAAUAUUGUAUGGUCAUCUGUCACUAAAAUGCUUAAUAUAUGUAUGAUAUAAUUGCAAAAUAAAUAUGAUUGUUCAUA